GGUUAGUGCGUCACUGUCGUCUGAAUCGUUAUAAUGGCAGCUCCAGUGAAAAAGCGUGAAAUUCGACAAAAAUUACACGAUGAUGAAGAUCGCGUCUCCUCCAGCAGCGAGGAUGAAGAAUAUGAAGUCGCGGAUGAGCAAGGAAUGGAACUUCAAUUGGAUUUUGAGGGUCGUAAUCCACAAGAUCCAGAUUAUCAUGGAAUCAAAACAUUAUUGCAACAACUUUUUCUCAAAGCACAUAUUGAUUUAGGUGGACUAACAGACUUGAUAAUAUCUCAGAAUUAUGUAGGAUCUGUUGUGAAACAGUCUGACGAAAUAGAUGAAUCCGACGAUGAUGACGAUGAUGUCAAUGAUGUAUUUGGUAUUACAACUGUCAUUAAUGUUUCCGAUAAACAGAAUGUUGUAUGUAUACAACAGCUUAGGGAUUUAUUGAAACAACUAGCAGAUGAGCAUGCAACAGACACAGCUAACGCUAUGAUAAAGAAUGUAUUGGAGAAUGACGCAGCACAAUUGGGUUUACUUAUAAAUGAGAGAUUUGUCAACAUUCCAGCCAAGAUAUCAGUGCCACUUUUCGAAAACUUAAUUUCUGAAGUGAAACGUGCCAAUAGUAGAAAUAUGCCAUUUAAUUUCUCCUAUUAUAUACUUAUAUGUAAACUAUACAAGUCGGAAGAUAAAAAAAUAGGAAAGAAGUUAAAAAACAAGAAUAAAAACACUAACAAUGAACCACUUAUAUUAUGGAGCAAUCCAGAAGAAGAAAUUUUUGCAGAAAAAUCAACUGUUAGCUUUGAAUUUUCUGUCGAAGAAGAAGCAGACAGUGGCUUAUCUGGAAAAUGGACUGAAACGGAUGAUGAAAUGAUACCUUAUAGACGAGUUCUUCUUUUCGAAGCUUCUAAAUUGCAAUCCAUAUUCGAGAAAAUACAAAAUCAAUUUUCUUAACUAAUUCUAUAAACGAUAUUAAUAUUGGUAAAAUAGCUGAGCCUACUGCAAAACUUUGUAUUUGCAAUAUAAAGAAAAUGUGCUUUUCAAUGAAAAUUUCUUUGAUACCUGCGUAUGACAAAGUGUAAUUACAAUGGUAUGUGCACUAAAUUUUUUAUAAUACAUCUUUUAUACAGCGCUUAUGCUACAAACUGUUUCUAUGAAUUUCGCCCUUUCACACUUUUAUUC